CAGGAAGUUGCAAUGUUUACUUCCGUAUGUAAAAAAAUUAAGGAAUUGAUAACAUUUAUAUCGAGGAAGUUUUCGCACGUUGGUUUCAAGCUGUUAUUUUGUUAUACAAAUGUAUACACUGAUUUAAAAGCAGUUGAUGUGAAGCGUUUUUUUAUUUUGUGUUUAUGAAAGAAUCAUACUUGUUUGUUUGAGUCAGUAACGAGUAAAAUCAGGAAAUGUUGAAUUGGGUUUACGGUCAUUUCGUAGCAAGCCAUUUCGUAAUCGUAGCUACACAUUUUCAGUUAUUUCGUAAGCAUUAAUCAAUCAUUUUGUAACCAAAUCGGUUAUUUUUUCACCAGUAAUUAAAACUGAUUAUGUUUUCCAUUAUCAAUUUGAUUGCCAUUUUUAACGUGUAUUGAAUUUGGAGAUGAAAAAACAACAUUUGUGUUUUGGAAUAUCCGGUCACCAAGAUGAUACUGUACGAAAUAAAGGUUACAAAUCUUGCUGGGCUUAAUCUAUACUAUAUAGGGACGAACUCUGUUCCAGUAUUUGUAUGUACUUUGCCUUGCAAGAUAAUGAAAAUCAAUCCAUAAAUGGCAGGAUAUAUUUGAUGGUAAGGUACUUUUCUACCAUAUAGCAAUUCAUACAGUAUUUUCUGCAUGUUGUUUAAAUAAGAUUCCCAAACGUGAUCCGGUGUCAUAGAUGGGACUCGUGUACAGAUCCAGGCACCAUCUAUUGAUGAACCCAUGUACGUGAACAGAAUGGGUUACCAUUCCAUCAACACACAGAUUGCGUUUGAUCAUAAUGAUAUGAUGAUGGACGUUGUCGCCAGAUGGCCAGGAAGUACCCACCAUAGCAGAAUCCUUAGAGGAAGUGGGCUGUGGCAAGUUUUCGAAAGAAACCUGCUUUCACAGAAUGACCACUUUCUUCUGGGUGAUAGUGGGUAUCCCAGCAAACGCUGGCUGUUGACGCCUUAUGUAAGACCAGCUAAUCACGCUCAGGAAGCGUAUAACAGGGCACACAAGUUGACAAGGAGCAAGGUUGAACGGGGCACAGGACAGCUUAAACGCAGAUGGGGAAUUCUGCAUGGAGAAGUUAGACUUGCUCCAGAAAAAACGUGCAAGGUGAUCAUUGCAUGUGCAGUUUUGCACAACAUCUGCAAGCUGCAUGGUGUAUCAGAUGUUGAUGAUCUGCCGGAAGAUCCUGUGCACAAUGACGGGAUUCAUGUUGGUCCAGAAGAUGGACUUCGAUUCCGUGAUAUUAUAUGUGAACAGUAUUUUAGAUUGUAAAUUACGGGGGAUA